AUGCUGAGCUCAGUCUGCGUCUAGUCCUUCCGCGGGCGCCAGGGGGCCAGUAAGCAGCAGCCGGCGCCACCACCGCAGCUGCCGGAGUCCCCGCCGCCGCUGUCCCCGCUGCCGCCGCCGCCGCAGCCUGCGCAGCCCGGGCCAGCCGCAUCCCCGGCGGGCCCCCCGGCACCCCGCGGGCCCGGGGGCCGGCGCGCCGAGCCAUGCCCCGGGCUGCCGGCGGCGGCCAUGGGGCGGCACGGCGGCGGCGGUGGCGACAGCGGUAAGAUCGUGAUCAACGUGGGCGGCGUGCGCCAUGAGACGUACCGCUCGACGCUGCGCACCCUGCCGGGGACGCGGCUGGCCGGCCUGACAGAGCCCGAGGCGGCCGCGCGCUUCGACUACGACCCAGGCGCCGACGAGUUCUUCUUCGACCGGCACCCGGGCGUCUUCGCCUACGUGCUCAACUACUACCGCACCGGCAAGCUGCACUGCCCGGCCGACGUGUGCGGGCCGCUCUUCGAGGAGGAGCUGGGCUUCUGGGGCAUCGACGAGACCGACGUGGAGGCCUGCUGUUGGAUGACCUACCGACAGCAUCGUGACGCCGAGGAGGCGCUCGACUCCUUCGAGGCUCCGGACCCCGCGGGCUCCAACGCCGCCACCGCCGCAGGAGCGCAUGACGCGGGCCUGGACGACGAGGCGGGCGCGGGCGGUGGCGGCGGCCUGGACGGCGCAGGCGGCGAGCUCAAGCGCCUCUGCUUCCAGGACGCGGGCGGCGGCGGCGCCGGGGGGCCGCCAGGGGGCGCGGGCGGCGCGGGCGGCACAUGGUGGCGCCGCUGGCAGCCCCGCGUGUGGGCGCUCUUCGAGGACCCCUACUCGUCGCGGGCCGCCAGGUAUGUGGCCUUCGCCUCCCUCUUCUUCAUCCUCAUUUCCAUCACCACCUUCUGCCUGGAGACCCACGAGGGUUUCAUCCACAUCAGCAACAAGACGGUGACGCAGGCCUCCCCAAUCCCUGGGGCCCCGCCAGAGAACAUCACCAAUGUGGAGGUGGAGACGGAGCCCUUCCUGACCUACGUGGAGGGCGUGUGCGUGGUCUGGUUCACCUUCGAGUUCCUCAUGCGGAUCACCUUCUGCCCGGACAAGGUGGAUUUCCUCAAGAGCAGCCUCAACAUCAUCGACUGCGUGGCUAUCCUGCCCUUCUACCUGGAGGUGGGCCUCUCGGGCCUCAGCUCCAAGGCCGCCAAGGACGUGCUGGGCUUCCUGCGGGUUGUCCGCUUUGUCAGGAUCCUGCGCAUCUUCAAGCUGACCCGCCACUUCGUGGGGCUGCGGGUGCUGGGCCACACACUCCGUGCCAGCACCAAUGAGUUCCUGCUGCUCAUCAUCUUCCUGGCCCUGGGCGUGCUCAUCUUCGCCACCAUGAUCUACUACGCCGAGCGCAUUGGCGCCGACCCCGAUGACAUCCUGGGCUCCAACCACACCUAUUUCAAGAACAUCCCCAUUGGCUUCUGGUGGGCUGUGGUCACCAUGACGACCCUGGGCUAUGGAGACAUGUACCCCAAGACCUGGUCCGGGAUGCUAGUCGGGGCACUGUGUGCCCUGGCAGGGGUGCUGACCAUCGCCAUGCCCGUGCCGGUCAUUGUCAACAACUUUGGCAUGUACUAUUCAUUGGCCAUGGCCAAACAGAAGCUGCCCAAGAAGAAGAACAAACACAUCCCCCGGCCUCCCCAGCCUGGCUCGCCCAACUACUGCAAGCCUGACCCACCCCCACCACCCCCACCCCAUCCUCACCACGGCAGCGGUGGCAUCAGUCCUCCGCCACCCAUCACGCCACCCUCCAUGGGGAUGACUGUGGCCGGGGCCUACCCUCCAGGGCCCCACACGCACCCCGGGCUGCUAAGGGGGGGUGCAGGGGGACUGGGGAUCAUGGGGCUGCCCCCUCUGCCUGCCCCCGGCGAGCCCUGCCCACUGGCUCAGGAGGAAGUGGUUGAAAUCAACAGGGCAGAUCCCCGGCCCAACGGUGAUCCUGCUGCAGCAGCGCUGGCCCAUGAGGACUGCCCUGCCAUCGACCAGCCCGCCAUGUCCCCGGAGGACAAGAGCCCCAUCACCCCCGGAAGCCGGGGCCGUUAUAGCCGGGAUCGCGCCUGCUUCCUCCUCACCGACUAUGCCCCUUCCCCUGAUGGCUCCAUCCGAAAAGGUUACGAGAAAUCCCGCAGCCUGAGCAGCAUCGCGGGCCUGAGCGGGGUGUCCCUGCGCCUUGCGCCCCUUGCCACCCCGCCUGGCUCUCCCCGGGCCACCCGCCGCGCCCCCCCAACCCUGCCCUCCAUCCUCUAGCGCUCCCCUCCCCCCUGUGGGGGGACUCGGGGGUGACCCGGAAGAAGGUCAAAGGAGCUGGGGGUGGGGGUGGGGAGAAAGGUAUUUUUUAAAAAUAAUCAAAAAGUCAUUAAUAAUAUGCAACCGAGAUGAUGACGCCAGCAGACACCCCCGAGCCCCGAGCCCCCCACCUGGGCCACCAGGAUGGAAGGGGAGGGGCCGGAUCCCACCCACCCUCUCCCCCACAAAAAGCCUUCUCAGGUCUCCAUGAGCCAUAGGACACCCUCUCCCAUCAAGUCGUGUAAAUAAGUACAGAGGACGCCAAAUCCAUCUUGGGGCACCUACUCCCCACACUGCAUGCUCCCCAGCUGGACCCCUGCUCCCAAGACACCUCAGCAAUAAGCCGCCAGGGGCUGCAUGUCGCGAGCUGGAGGGGAGGGGGCCAGGAACUGCAGGGGUCGGGCUGUUCUUCAAGCCUCGAGGGGGCUUCUUGGCUUCCCGCCCUUCCCCCCAGGGCAACCAACCCAGCACACACUUUUGGAAAGGAAACCAGCUAGGGAUGGGGAAUGAGGGGUGUCGACCAAACCUGUCUUCGGCUGAGGCCCAGGGGAGAUAGUGCUGACAAACCCCACCCCGCCCCGCCCCAGGAGCUACUGGCCUCUGUGCUUGCUGCAUGGACUCAGAACCCCCAACCUCGUGCUCCUGGGAGGAUCUGGCCCUGGCCCACAAAAUCCGCGCCCCUCCCCUCCAUUCCCAGGACAUGAGACCUGCAUCUGGAAUUCCUGAGAUAGGCCCUGGCACCCCGCACUCCUCCAGUCUCCACACACUUUGGGGACUUAGCCUCAGCAAACAGAUGCUUCCUUGCCCCGCCCCCCCCCCACUUCCCUGGAUUGCAUCCCAGCACUUCAGACCCCCAGCUCUUAAGUUUAGUUCAGCCUUUGGGAUGCUCCAGGUCUUUCCCACAACUCUGACAUCUCCCGGACAACCCCAGAUCCUCGGGUCUGCUUGCCAACACCCCAAAGUCCCGCAAAGAACACCCCACUUGUCCAUCCCAGGAUCUCCUCACGCUAGGACUCGGGCUCCUCCGCCUGUCUGCAAUCCAGGGAGCCAGGCCCCGGCACCCCUUCCACCCUAGCCCUGGCCAUGAGGCCCUUUCCCUGAGAUGGUGCCCACAGGCGCCCUCCUCGUGGCCAGCGGUUCCCUGCAGUGUCGCGCAGGUGCCCUUGCAGGGGGUCCACGGACGAGCGCCUGUCGGAAGUUUCCUCUUGAACGCGCACAUUUGCACAUGAAGCUGGUGAACGGGGAGCGCUCCCUGGUCGGGGCGUCAUUCUUUGGGUUACCAGUGUUUGCAUUCAGGGCAGUCCCGAAAUGAUCGCAGAGGCUGCGGCUAGAGGAGCCCUGGAAAGUCGGCCUGGGAAACUGCGACAUGUCUAGGGUGCGGGCGUCCCACCCCUGGCUACCAGGCUCACGGUGGAAAAAGCCGUCCCUCACACCCCAUCCAAGCUCAAGUAUGCGCUACCUCCCCCAGGCCCAGAGACCACGGUCCCAGAAUCCUUAGCGGACCCUCCUUUUGGAGCUGGGGGCCUGCGGAAUCAGCACCCUCCCUCCCUCUGCUCCCACGGCCUCAGGGACCCCCCCUCUCGACCACCCAAGGGUGGGGGGGCGUCUCUGGGGACAAUUCUCGAUGCAACGAUUCCUAUGCAAGGGGCAUUUUGAAUCCCCCCAGCCUCCUCCAGCCCCUGAGCCCCGGUGAAUCGGGGUGAGGGGUGGGGAGGGUAAUGGUGGGGCAGGGUAAAGGGCUAGGGCUCCAGACACCAGGGUAGGGGGUGGGGACUGGUUAUAUUGCCAAAGGGUUCAUCUUCUUUAAACAGCCCCCCUAGUUUCCCCUGACCCUCACAAAAAGCAGAUCAGGGCGGGGAAAGGGGUGAGAGUCUUUCCCCUAGGGUACUGACCUCUUCCUAACGGCUGCCCCUGCUCGCCAAUCCGCCACACGUACCCAGCUUUUUAGUUCAGCUUUAAAAAAAAAUAACCACAUCAUAAACAUCUACAAAACGCGUCUUUCGUCCCGUCCCUCCUCCCCAUCCCCCAAGUCAACAAAUAGCGUGGGAUUCGGGGAGGGAGAGCGAGCUCAAGGGACUGCCUCCAAGUCCCGCUCCUUUUCUCCUCGGCCGCCAGGGUGCCUGCAACUACACGCAUGCGCUGCAUGCCGCGCGCCCCCCACUCGCAUGGCGCGCCCCUCCUGCGCUCCGGGAACCCACGGACACGGGGCAUGAGGCGGGGCGAUUGGGGAGGAAGGAAUGGCGGGGUGGGGUGUCGAGCUCGGCGGCUCCCCCUCCCCAACACACACACAGCAAUAAGUUUCUCACACUCGAAAGCGGGCGGGAUCGGCCUGGCCUGUGGGGGGCGGGGGGGAGUGGCAGAGGGGCGCUCUCAGGGAUGGGGGCGGAGUCCGGAGGCUGUGGGGAGGGAGGUCUCCAAAUCGUCCAACUCUGGUGCUAACGGCGGGUCUUCUCAGUCCACCCGCACGGCCGGGAGGGAGGGGUCGGUAGGCCCUUCCCCCCAAGCCUCCCCCACGCCCACCCAGGGUGCAUGAACCGCCCGACGCAGAAGCUGCCGCAUGUCACUCCUCCUCCCCAAAGAAAAAAAGUGUCAAGCUCUCUUCCCCACCCACCCUCUCUCCUCCUCAUCAAAAUAAAAACUUCCUUUUCAUUUGAAA